AUGAACGGGGAUAUAGAAAUUGACUCACAAUUUUUGGGAACGUCUCAAAAUACUCCUGUGUCAGUUUCUGAUUCUCCACCUCCACCUCCACCACAAGUUGAAAAUGCCUCUUCUACAAAAGGAAAACAGGGCUCUAACUUUAGUGUAGAGGAAGAUAAACUCCUAGUGGCAGCAUGGCUUAAUACUAGUGUUGAUACCAUAAACAAUAAUGAACAAACACAAAAUAACUUUCGUCAAAAAGUUUGGGAAUACUUCAUGCAGUACAAUUCAUCCGGUACCGCACGUACUGUUAUCUCCUUGCUAAGUCAUUGGGGAACGAUUAGUGAAAAGACAAAUAAAUUUUCCGGGUGUAUGGCUCAAGUUAACGCACUUCAUCAAAGUGGUAUAAUCGAAGAAGAUAAGAUCACCAAUGCGAAAACUUUGUAUUUAGAAAAGCACAAGAAACCCUUUCUUCUUGGCCAUUGUUGGCUCAUGUUAAAGGACCAACCAAAGUUUGCCAAUCCUAACAAUGCUAGAUCGAGAUCAUCCGUGCCUCCAACUUCGGAGUCAAUAUCUAUUAGUGAAGGGGAUUGUGGGUCCGAACUUGGUAAAACUUCCAAUUUUGAGAGACCUAUUGGUAGGAAGGCCGAAAAGGCCAUUCGAAAGAACAAAGCCAUCGAAAAAGAUGUAGGGGAAUAUUUGAACAAGAAAUUGAAAUUGAUUGAGGAUGUAACUCGGUUGGAAGAGGAAAAAAUGUUUAUUGAGAAGGAAAAACUUGCAAUUGAGAAGGAAAGCAAGGAAGAAAAACUUAAGAUUGAGAAGGAAAGGAUCAUGAUUAAGAAGAAAAAAUUUGAGAUGACAGAAAUGUUAGAAGAUGAGAGAAUCAUGAUGAUAGAUAUAAGUGGCUUGACCGAAACACAAAAAGUUUUUUAUGAACAACUCCAAGAGAAAAUCAUGGCAAGACGAAGUUCACGUAAUUAA